GUGCUGAAUCGUGUGAAUAUCAAACAAUGAGCGGCUGCACAAAUGUGACAACUAAUGAAAUAACUCUGCGGGAGUGUGACAGCCCGAGGUGGGGUGGCAGAGCCGUGACCCCCUCGUCUCAGACAGCCGUGUGGGCCUAUGACAGGCCGACACACAGGCGGCUGCUGGCAGAGCUUCCUCCCCUGACCGAUGCAUAUAUAUUGAGCCGAUCGUGCCAUCACAAGCUCACUGGCACACACAGGUACUGUUUCACCCUCGCCGAUCCGUUCACUAUGGCCACAGACCACCAGAACCCUGCGUCCAAGCAGCAGCAGCAGCAGCAGCCGAGCACCAGUGCGUUUAAGCUGGUUAUCUAUGAGCAGGAGAACUUCCAGGGACGCUCCCACGAGCUGACCGGCCCCUGUAACAACCUCCCGGAAGCAGGCGUGGAGAAAGUGGGCUCCAUCCUGGUGCUGUGUGGACCAUGGGUGGGAUACGAGCAGGCCAACUGUAAGGGGGAGCAGUAUGUGUUUGAGAAGGGGGAGUAUCCUCGCUGGGAUUCCUGGACAAACAGCAGGCGCAGUGACACCGUUCUUGCAUUCCGACCAAUUAAAGUGGACAGCCAGGAGCACAAGAUUGUCCUUUAUGAAAACCCCAGCUUUGCAGGGAAGAAGAUAGAAAUCGUAGACGAUGAUGUCCCCAGUUUUCAUGCACAUGGCUACCAGGAGAAGGUCUCCUCUGUGAGGGUUCAGAGUGGCAUCUGGGUGGGCUAUCAGUAUCCAGGCUACAGAGGAUACCAGUACCUGUUUGAAAAGGGGGAGUACAAGGACACCGCCGAGUUCGGAGCCCAGAUUCCUCAGAUCCAGUCAGUUCGGCGCAUCAGAGACGUGCAGUGGCAUCAGAGGGGAGCUUUUCACCCCGUCAACUGAUGAGCUUGUGACCUUUACUUUGCACCAACAGCCUCGGCCCUACAAAAACAACAUCACAUAGCAUUUGGAUUUUUAUUUCUUGCAGCUGUUGCAAAAGUGACAUUCUUUGAAGCAAAUUAUAAUAAAUCAUGAUUGCAUACAUAUA